AUGGGAAGCAAGAAAAGAAGCUCCAAUACAGUAGAGGAAGUUGAGGAUUUAGAUGAUAAAAACACAAAUACUGAGAAUGCAAACAUAGAGCAUACGAAUGAUGAGAAUGCAAACAUAGAGCAUACGAAUGAUGAGAAUGCAAGUGCAAAUCCAAGUAGAAAGAAAAUGAAGAAAGAUAAGAAUAAGGAGACCGAAACCCUGGAUGGGGAUGCUUCUAAAGCAGACCUUUCUAAUAUUCCUAGUUCAAUGAAACCCAUGGAAAGACGGAAGAAAAGGAAAGCAUUGGAUAAAGAGAAGCAACAUGCUGCCUCAGAGAAUAAGGAAGUGAAGACUACAAAAAAGGAUGUUGAUCCGAAGGUUAGCGAAAAUGAAAAGCAGAUGGGAGCUUCGUCCAGUGGGGAGUUACCAAAGUUUCAUAUUGGUGUCUUUAAGGAUCUGGCAUCAGCAGAUGUAUCUGUGAGAGAAGCUGCAGUCGAGGGAUUGGUCACGGAGUUGCAAGAGGUUCAGAAGGCAUAUGAAGUUACGGAGAAUAAGGAGUUGGUUGAAGGUGGGUUGACACUGGAAGCGGAGAAGGAUGAUGGGUUAAAUGAUUGUGCACCUUCUGUGAGGUAUGCCGUGCGUAGGCUAGUUCGUGGUGCUUCUUCAUCAAGGGAGUGUGCAAGGCAAGGAUUUGCAUUGGGCUUGACAGUGUUAGUUGGUACAGUUCCUAGCAUCAAAGUGGAUUCAGUGCUGAAACUAAUAGUUGAUUUGUUAGAAGUUUCUUCAUCAAUGAAGGGUCAGGAUAUAAGGGAUUGCCUUUUAGGUCGGCUAUUUGCUUAUGGUGCUCUUGCGCGAUCAGGAAGACUGACUGAAGAGUGGACUUCUGAUCAUAAUACCUGCUUGAUUAAAGAAUUCACCAAUGUGGUUCUCUCUCUUGCAGCAAAAAAACGAUAUUUGCAAGAGCCUGCUGCUGCAAUUAUUUUAGAAUUGGUUGAAAAGUUGCCAAUUGAGGCUGUGUUGAAUCACAUACUUGAAGCUUCAAGGCUGCGUGAGUGGUUCGAAGGUGGUGCUGAUGCUGGAAAUCCUGAUGCUUUGCUUUUAGCUUUGAAAAUUCGGCAGAAAAUUUCCGUUGAUAGUGAAAUGUUUGGAAAGAUUUUGCCACAUCCGUUCAGCCCUAGUAGACUUUUUGUGUCUGAUCAUUUGUCCUCUAUCAUUAACUGUUUGAAGGAAUCGACAUUCUGUCAGCCUAGAAUUCACAGUGUGUGGCCUGUUCUGGUAAAUAUUCUUUUACCUGAUAUUGUUAUGCAAGCUGAAGAUGUGGUGUCAGCUUCUAAUUCUCUAAAAAAGCACAAAAAAAGUCGCAAGUCUAGCUCAUCUGAAGAAGAAAUUGCCAAGACCAUUCAGUGUUUCUGUGAAGUUGUUAUUGAAGGGUCCCUUCUUCUUUCUUCUCAUGAUCGCAAGCACUUGGCAUUUGAUAUUCUGCUUCUCCUCCUCCCAAGGCUCCCCGCAUCUUUCAUUCAAUAUGCUCUCUCGCACAAAAUUGUGCAAUGUCUGGUGGAUAUACUUUCGACAAAGGACUCUUGGCUGUAUAAAGUUGCUCAGCAUUUUCUUAAGGAAUUAUCAGAUUGGGUUGGAAAUGAUGAUGUCAGAAGGGUUGCUGCUAUAGUGGCUUUACAGAAAAAUAGCAAUUCAAGAUUUGAUAGCAUUACAAAAACAAAAACAGUUAAAGCUUUGGUGACAGAAUUUAAAACAGAAUCUGGUUGCAUGUUGUUUAUUCAGAGUUUAAUGAACAUGUUUGUGGAUGAAGGUAAUGUUUCAGAGGAACCCUCAGACCAGAGUCAGACUACUGAUGACAAUUCAGAGAUGGGUUCAAUAGAGGAUAAGGAUUCAAAUGGUGCAAUGGCAAAUUCUGAUUUCUUGAAGACUUGGGUGGUGGAAUCGCUUCCGAGUAUUUUGAAACAUUUGAAGCUGGAGCCUGAAGCAAAGUUUCGGGUGCAGAAGGAAAUUUUGAAGUUUCUAGCUGUGCAAGGUCUGUUUUCUGCAUCUCUUGGCUCUGAAGUGACAUCUUUUGAAUUACAGGAGAAAUUUAAGUGGCCAAAGGCAGCCGCCUCAAGUGCUAUUUGCAGAAUGUGCAUUGAGCAGAUCCAAUCACUGCUGGCAAAUGCUCAAAAGAUAGAGGGGCUCCAUUCUUUGGCAAGUGGCCUGGAGCACAGUGAUCUUGGGUCUUACUUCAUGCGUUUUCUCGGUACAUUACGAAACAUUCCUUCGGUUUCCCUUUUUCGAUCUUUGAGUGAUGAAGAUGAAAAGGCUUUUGAAAAAUUGCAAGAAAUGGAAACUAGGCUUUCUAGAGAGGAAAAAAAUUGUGUGAUCGGUGCUGAAGCAAAUAAGUUGCAUGCAAUGAGGUACCUGCUGACCCAGUUGCUGCUUCAAGUACUCCUUCGACCUGGAGAAUUCUCAGAAGCUGCAUCUGAACUCGUUAUAUGUUGUAAGAAAGCUUUUGCAGCUUCUGACCUUCUUGAUUCCUCAGGAGAAGAGGAGUUGGACAACAAUGCAGAUCCGAAGUUAAUGGACGUCCUUGUGGAUACAUUCCUUUCAUUGUUACCACAAUCAUCAACUUCCAUGCGCUCUGCUAUUGAGCAGGUUUUUAAGUACUUCUGUAAUGAUGUGACGAACGAUGGACUUCUUCGGAUGCUGCGUGUCAUUAAGAAAGAUUUGAAGCCACCUAGACAUCGAGAAGAAGGUAGUGAAGAUGAUGGUGAUGAUGAUGAAGAUUUUCUUGGUAUUGAAGAGGAAGAAGAAGAAAUGGAUGAAGCCGAGACAGGUGAAACAGGUGAGGAUGAAGAACAGACUGAUAAUUCUGAGGCAGUGGUUGAAGUUGAAGAAGCUGGCAAAGAGCUGCCUGAUGAUUCUGAUGAUUCUGAUGGAGGAAUGGAUGAUGAUGCGAUGUUCCGGAUGGAUGCUUAUCUUGCCCAAAUUUUCAAAGAUAGAAAGAAUCAGUCUGGGGGUGAAACUGCGCAAUCCCAGCUUGUUCUGUUCAAACUUCGUGUCCUUUCAUUGCUGGAGGUUUACCUACAUGAAAAUCCUGCUGAGCCUGAGGUUCUGAUGGUGUACUCAAACUUGGCUCGGGCAUUCAUUAAUCCUCAAACCGUAGAAAUCAGCGAGCAGCUUGGACAGCGAAUAUGGGGAAUUUUGCAAAAGAAAAUAUUCAAAGCGAAGGACUUCCCAAGGGGUGAUACUGUGCAACUAUCUACUCUUGAAUCUUUGUUGGAAAAGAACUUAAAGUUGGCAUCAAAGUCAUUAAAGAGAAAGAAAUCUGCUGGUAGCUUAUCCAAGAAAAAACAGUUGUCCAUGUUGAAGCGACAUAAAAUGAUUGUUUCCCUUGCUCAGGAUUCAACUUUUUGGAUUCUGAAAAUUAUUGAUGCCAGAAAUUUUUCAGAGUCUGAACUACAGGGGGUUAUUGAUAUAUUCAAGGGUGAACUGGCACGGUAUUUUGAGAGUAAAACAUCUCAAAUAAAAUCUGAAUUUUUGAGAGAAAUAUUUCGAAGAAGGCCAUGGAUUGGGCAUCAUCUCUUUGAUUUCCUUUUGGAGAAAUGUGGCAGUGCAAAGUCGGAGUUUCGUCGAGUUGAAGCACUCGAUCUAGUAAUAGAAAUAUUGAAGUCAGUGGUUUCUUCUGGGACUGAUGAAAGGAAGCGAAAUGCAUCAAAGAAAAUCUUGAAAAAUCACCUGCAAAAACUCAGUCAUCUGAUAAAGGAGUUGGCAACAAAUAUGCCAGAAAAGCAGGCAAGGCGGGCUGAAGUACGCAAGUUUUGUGGUAAGGUCUUUCGUUAUGUGUCAACCCAUGACCUGACCAAAUCUUUUCUCAAGCAUCUGGCCCCAGAAGCGGAAGCUGCUUGUGAAUCUCACCUUGGAGAGCUGUAUCUCAAUUUCAAGAAUGUAGAAAGAUAA